GAGAAAGUCAAAUCAAGACUAGAAACCAACCAACCAACCAACUCUUACAGUUAAACGCAAAGGCGAUGAAGAAGAUUGGUAUCAUCAACUUCAUUGCUAAUUCAUCAACCGAUCAACACACUCACUUCCUCUAAAACCAAUAUACCUCGCUACCUUCCUCUCCUUCCUCAAUCUCCCAACAUACCAAACCCAUAAUUUUAAAUAAUUUUAUUUUUAUUUUUAAAUUUAAAAUAAAAAAAACAUCCACUGAGAUUGAGGCACGUCACAUCUUGUUAUCUCACCCUCUUUGUUUUCUUCUCGUUUUCAUUAUCCCCUUUUCAAAUCCAAUUAGGGUUUCAUUUCCAUCUCGAUUUUCUUCUUCGUUCCCAUUUUUUUUCGUUUAAUAAGGUAAAGGGACGAGGAUGAUGCUUUGGAGAUCGGAGAUCGUGUUGGCUAUCUUGCUCUGUUGUGCCACCGUUUCCUCCACCGCUCAAUCGGUCACCACCACCACCGCCGUUUGUCCCACGGAAUCGCUUUUGGAUUUUGUCUUAGCGUCUCCAGAUUCCACUUGUUCUCUUUCUGAUUCUCUUGGAUCCAUUCAUUAUAUUGGUGUCACUCAGGGAGAUGAGGUUAUUUUGGCGAAGGCACUGAAUAUGGUUCAUAAGAAUUAUCAUGAGUAUGUGGCUGUGCUAUUCUAUGCAUCAUGGUGUCCUUUCUCUCGGAUAUUUAGACCGGUUUUUUCUGUACUUUCUUCCUUACAUCCUACUAUUCCUCAUUUUGCUAUUGAAGAAUCAUCAGUUAGGCCAAGUACUUUAUCCAAGUAUGGUGUCCAUGGUUUCCCUACAUUAUUCAUUUUGAAUUCUACUAUGCGUGUACGGUAUCAUGGAUCUCGGACCCUUGGCUCUCUCGUAAGUUUCUACAAUGAUGUUACUGGAAUUAGGAUUGAUUCACUCGAUCAACUAUCCCUUGAGAAAAUUGGGCGUCCAUCAGCCAAUGAGAAUCACGGUGACACUGAGCCAGAAAGCUGCCCAUUUUCAUGGGCUAGAUCUCCAGAAAAUUUAUUACGUCAGGAAACUUAUUUGGCUUUGGCCACUGCAUUUGUGGUUUUGAGAUUACUCUAUCUGUUUUUUCCUACACUACUUGUGUGUAUUCAAUAUGCUUGGAGAAGGGUCAUCCAAAAUGUUAGAUUAUGGAGCUUGCUGGAACAUCCUUUGGUUUAUUUGAAGCGCAUAAUACAGUCAGUUUACCGUUUGAAAGAGCCAUGCAAGAGAAGUAAUCUGCAGGAAGGAGCAAUGAAUGCUAGGGCAUGGGCUUCCAAGUCCCUUGCCACAGUUUCAAUUGGAGAAGAAAGCACCAGCCGUGCAAUACACCAGUAAGUUGACUGUAUCAAAAAGUUUUCCCCUGUGAAGUAUACCCUAUUAAAAGGCUUGGCUGCAAGUUAUGCCAUGUACUCUUGUGUAAUCAUCUUCACACCCUUGAGCCUCACGCUUAGUGAAGUCUAUUGUGUUGCUGAAUGAUGUAAUCGUCCCUUUUUUGUCCAUAUGAUCAACAAAUACUUCAUCCAGCAUUCUAGAAAAUUGACUUCAAUGUGUAUAGUUUAAACGGAAAAAUUCAGACCUGAAAUCUGUAAUUCUUUGACUUCUUGUAGGUUUACCUGAAGGUCAAAUCUUUUUGAUCAUCAGUUCAUAAAUUUAAUUUUGUUGGGAAUGAAAUGAUUGUAAAUCCUGCUCAGGACUGAUUGGCUGCCAUGUUCCUGUACCCAAACGUGGUUAUUUGUAAUACUUCAGAAUAAUGAAUCUGAUUAAAAUAUCAGAUGGUAUACUUUGUAUCAAAACUCAAAAGUAUUUGAUUCAAGAGA